AUCAUUGAAAGAAGCAGGAAAUGGUCCUGCUCCUGAUUCAUUUCACAGCUAAUAUUUAGUCUUGGAUUUGUUGCACUUGUCAAUCAUUCAAAACAAGACAAACUGAACAGAAAAACAGUUUAUCCAUUUCUUUUGUUGCUGUUUUUUCAUUCGGAUUCACUGGUGGGAUUUCUAAAGAUGGAAAAAGGACCCCAACCACAGGAUCCGGCUCCACCCUACCCCGGCCCUCCCUUGAAUUAUAGCGGUACCGGGCCUCAGCCAGGGAUGUACGCUCAACCAGGCUAUCCUGCUCAACCAGGCUAUCCUGCUCAACCAGGCUUUCCUGCUCAACCAGGCUUCUCCGCUGUCCCUGCUGGAUACCAGGGAGGUGUUGCUUUUGCUCCUGUCCCAGCUGCAGCAGCAGUGACUCAUGUGGUAGUAACACCUGCACUAACAGACGUCCCUGGACAGACUUUGUGUCCUCACUGCCGGCAAACUGUGAUCACUCAGACUCAGCACACACCAGGAUUGUUGGCCUGGGUUAUCUGCGGAGGGAUGACCCUCUUGGGAUUCUGGCUUUGCUGCUGUAUCCCAUUUUGCCUCGAUUCCUGUAAUGAUGUGGAGCAUCGCUGUCCAAACUGCCAAAAUCUUGUUCACAUAUACAAACGAAUGUAAAACGACUCCAAAGGAAGGAACUACUCAGUUUCAUGAAGGAAAAAUAAUUCUAUGCAAGUUAAAUCUGAAGAAAUGUGAAUUCCAAUAUGUGAUUGGUCAUUUUAAAAGUUAGGAUUAGGCAAUCAGAGUAGUCUUUAUUUUUAUUGUCACAAUAAAAAGAAUAAUUUGUUUGCUUCUAUUGUGGUUGUUCCAUAUUUUAUGCAUGAUUGGUGUCACGUUUUGUCAUACUGAUCUUUUUUGAACAGUUUUUCAGCAAAAAAAAAUAAAAAUUAAAAGACGUGCUUAAAAA